CUGUGAGAGUAGCUGUGUGUUGUAAAUUCACUAAAUUUGGAUAUGUCUACCAAUAUAGUUGCCUCAUCAGAAAGAAGCAUGAAAUCAAAGGCUCGUCGUUGUUUAUUUGGUCCUGUGGAUCACGAAGUGGUUAGGAAGGAUUUGGAUUCUAUGAUAAAGGAUACAUCUGCGGAUUACGAGGACUGGGGUUUUAAUAUGUCUACGGAUAAGCCGAAACAAGGUGGAAGGUGCGAGUGGUAUAAAGUAGAUACAGAUCUAGAGUACGUACCGGAAUUCUAUCGUAAAGGAUAUACGAGUCGACAACCACCAACACCCCGUAAAAUUAACAUCCCAAGACCGACAAAUGUUAACGUUAAAAAAUCGACUGUUGUGAGACAAUUAGACAUUUCAUUUAAAAAUUCUUCUAACGUGCCAGAAACCUCAGACAAUUCCAGUACUUCCAUAUUACCGUCUACAGUACCAUCUUUCACGUUCUCGACCUCUAAUCCACCCAGUACCCCAACCCGUACACCAUCACGUAGUAGACGUAGUAGAAACGAAACGCCGUCAUCGCAAUCAAGAAUAUCUGAUUUCAUGAACAUCAGAAAGAGAAGAAAUGAUGGUGAAUCUUCAAGCCAAAGAAAAUUACCCAGAUUAUAAAUUAUUAUCCCGUUAUUUAUUUUAUAUUAUUUAUAAAGUGCUAUGGAAUGGAAGUUGGGGUAGAAAGUUUGGCGACAAAGAAGAAAUACUAAAUAACAGUGCAGCAGAAAAUAUAAAAAUGUUGCAGACGACACUGUUUCAAGCUCGUGCAAUAGCCAACAGAUAAACUAGUCAUAUAUCAAAUAUACGUAAUGUUGGUCAAAUAUGGUUUCUAAAUAGACAUUAAACCAACUCCCUGUAAGACUGUGCACUUUAUCCAACUUCCAUGAUCUAAAUGUGAUAUUUUAAGUCGAUAACAAAAACUACGACUUUGACUUAGUAAAAACUUUUUGUUUGUGAAAAUAUUCGACGCUGGCCGAGCCUGGCCAGGUAUUGAAGAACAUUGUUGAUCUCGUUGUGUGUUCGUUCCACUGUGUGAAUAUGGUUUAUAAUUGUUGUUAUUUUUCAUUCCGGAAAUGACUGUUGUUUUGAUAAACUAUUUGGUUUUGCUAUUUUGCUUCUGAGAGAACUGAUGAAAUUUUUGAUGAAAACGGAUUAAGGGUUAAAAAUUAAGAAGCAAUUUGAUUGGUUGUAUCAUGAUUCAUAACUGCCAGUGGAUAUUUAUUUCUUGAUGCUAUGUCAGGGUAAAAACGUUUGCCUUCCAUACUAGCCAAUGAAUUUCCAAAAGACCACAUUGAACUAUGAGGUCACGUAAACGAUCUUCCAAGAUUUUGCAUGGCAUAGCAUCAAGUUUUCUUAUGGCAUUAACAGUCGCAUUUUUCACACUUUCAUUACAUGUAUUUGCAUUCAAAUAAUACAUAAGAGGUGGAUUUGGCAUAAGCUGCAAGAUUUCCAAGGCGAAAAUUGUUACUUCACGAAAAAUAUAUCAUUUAAAAAAAGCUCAGAUUGUUGCAGCUUCUCAAAUCCUUCUUAUACUAGAUUAAGUGCAAUCAUUUAAUUGCAAUAUCAAAUCAUCAAAUUCACAAAAUCAUGUUUUCUUAUCCAUCAGGAGUUGCAAAGUUUAAUAUUAUAUGUAUGCCCCUCCCCCUUUCAAACCCAAAUUGUAUCAUAGUCUCCUGUCGAACUGUAUAUAACACUAAUUUAUUAUCAUGUAUACCUAAUAUUAAAAGGAGAAAGUAUAACAUUAAUUUAUGGCCUUUAUGGUGCACCUUAUAUUUGUUUCUAUUAACAGCACUCUUGUUCUAUCAUAUCUUUUGUUCUGUAUUUCUGCCUUUUUUCACUAUUUUUUUUAAUUUCAUUUCAUUGUAUGUUUUAACUUUUGAAUCAGUUUCGAAUUUUUUCUGUUAAUUCUUAAUUGUCUUGAUUUUCCUUUUGGUGUAUUUCUUUUAAUUUUGUUUAAAUUUGUUUUUGGGUUAUGUGCAAUGACGAACCUUGUAUGUUAUGGUAUUACAAAAUGUUGACACACAAAGGAAAAUGUAUGGCGGCAUAUCUCGAAAAAUACUUGACAGAUACUCUUGUAAACGAAAAUUUUCCUUAGAAAAAAACCAUGUUUUGAAUGAAAUCAAAAGAAGUAGUAUUCUGUCAAACGUAUUUUUGGGAGAUCUGUCGUCUAUAUCCCUGUGUAUAAUGGAUUAAACGGGGUUUAAAAUGAUCUCUUUUAAGAAUUGCAGAAUUCGUUUUAUAUCUUACAAUUUCCAAAUUGUUAAAUGAUAUUUAUUUCAAAUUGAUUCAAAAAUUACAAAUAAUGAUUGCCUUGUUAAAGGAACUGCUUACAUAUGUUAUUAUAAAUAUAAUGUCAUUUUGGCAUAAUGAAAAUAUUAAAAUGGAGUAAUAAAUUCAUGAUUUAAUUACAUAAAACUUUGUUGUAAUGAUAUUUAUCAAACACUCGAUAUGGAAAGAAAACCUCCCUGGAAAGAGCAUUCAAACACAAUGUACAAACGAAUCUGUACACUACUUUCCAUGUAUAGAUUUAUACAUCAUCUAGAGAGGAAAGACGCUAUAUAUUGUCUACUGAGUAAAGAUAUUGUACAUUAUGUGCUGAGUAAAGACAUUGUACUUUU